CUUCUACCUGCCACAUCCACCAGCCUCAUCACGCAGUGAAGCAGAGCUUCUAACAUUGCGCAAGAUGAAGGGGAUUCUUAAAAGUCAAAGGAAUGCUGUGGCCAAGGUCGAGACGCAGAGCCACUCGAUCGGAGCGGUGCGCUGGAAUCUUCCAGAAGAAACAGUGCAGGUUCACAGCUCAGCUCCCAGCAGCAAUUUCAAGGGCGGCAAGAGCACCUCUUCACGCUCACAGCAAAGACACCACCAGCAGAGCCUGAAAGACCUCCGCAGUCUGCAGGAGUGCAUCAGCUUUCUCAACAACUGGAAGUUACAAGUGGCACAAGUCUGUAAGAAAGAAAGCGACGGCGAAGAGGAAGGUGCUUCAGGUGCGUCGUCUCGACACGACGACCCUCGGACCGAGCGCAGCCUGGAGGAGAGCCGCAAACUCAUCCUGCAGUGGGCCGAUGAACUCAAGAGCGUCGACAAGGUAUCUAAAGAGAGCCCGUGGCUGCAGGAGAGGUUCAAGUGCAGCGAGGACGAGAAGCAGAAGAAGAACGAGGAGGAACACGGAGAAGUGGUGCAGCAGAGGGUGAUGGAGUGGGCCAAAGAGCUGCAGAGUGUCUCAGAGAGCUGUGGCAUGCUGGGAGAUGAGCUGACGCAGAUGCUUCGUCUGCUCGGGCUGAAGAAGAAGAGGCUGGGUACUUUGAUGCCGCUGCUCGAGUUCAUCACCUGGUCCUUACUGAAGGACGACAGCAAGGACGUGGUUUCUCAGCUGUGGCUCUCGGCUAAGCAGCGCUCCUGGGAGGCAGGAACACAGCAGUACAUCCCUAACUCUGUGUGGAACUGGAUCACCAGCGCAUCAGUCGAUGUCACCCUCGACCCGUUGACAGCCCACCCCUGGCUGCUGAUCUCCGAGGAUCAGAAGAAGGUUCAGGAGGGUUCGGAGGAAGUUGACCUGCCGUACAGCCCUCAGCGCUUCGACAACUGGCCGUGCGUCCUCGGCUGGACGGGCUACACGAAAGGACGCAGCUACUGGGAAGUGGAUCUAGCCAACAACGGAUACUGGAGAGUCGGAGUCACCGGAGCGUCCUCCAAAAGGCACGGCCGGUUCCCCAUGAAGCCUUCCAAGGGUUACUGGACGCUGUGGAGGAGCACGCGACAGUUCUACGCCUGCACGGACCCCGAGACGCCGCUGCCUCUCACCCUGGUGCCCAAGAAAAUAGGAAUAUACAUCGACUACGAGGAGGGCCAGAUCUCCUUCUACAACGUGGAGAACAAAUCAAACAUCUUCACUUUCACGGGGCAUUUUCGCGGGAAGCUCUACCCUCUCUUCGCCCCGCUGGACGGGAGGACUGUCAUGACGUUGUCCUGUCCCGAAAACAACAGCGAUCUAUAAAUUAUUGUCGUUCUACAUGACAUUGAACACUUUCUUCGGCCUGCGCCUAAUUCAGGAAACAUUUCCACAUAGUAGCAUUAUUUAAUAUAUUUAUGGUGCCAGUUUUUCUGAAAAUAUUGUAUGUACUGUAUGUACAGUAUGUGUGUGUAUGCAUGUAGUAUAUGCUCUGACUUUCUUUUAUCGAUGUUCAAUUAUUACCGUGAUUGCUGCUAAACUGCACUUUAUUUUGUAAUUAUUCCGCCUUCAUGUGUUAAAAUGAACAUUACUGAACCAGAAUGUAGAUAUUAUAUCUUUAUAAAAUAUUUCUUAAAAGCAUAUUUUUUUCAUAUGGUGGAAGCAGGAGAGAAAUGAUAGUAAUGCAUGGAGUUUUAUUAGAAAUCUGUUUGCUUUAUUAAUAAUAAUAGUAGUGUUUAAUUUGUAGUGUAAAUAUACUGUAUUUUGUCUUUUUUUUGUUUAAUGAAGUCAGAAUAAGGUUUAUAAUUAUAUAUAUAUAUAUAUA